GCGAUAUGUAUCCUCCAAGACCUGUGAAUCGUAUCCAUCGACAGACGUCCUGUAAGGCUUAUUCAAAAAGGCAGAUCAGCUAGAGAUGUCGAACAACAACGACCAGCCGCAGCAACCGCAGCUCGCCCUUCCUGCUCCGGGUGAUCCAUCUCACGAACCCUCUACUCGUUCGCUGAAUGUCGUCGAGGGUACGACCAUCCAGAUGGAUGAGCUGGGUCCUAUCAUCGUCAACUCUGAUGGGACCCUCUCGAGAAUCUCCAACUGGCAUGAGAUGACUCCCCCCGAGCAGGAGAGGACCGUCCGACUGAUCGCGAAGCGCAGAAAUCAAGAGCGAAUGAAGGCUCUGCAGAAGAAAGAAGACGAGGAGCAGGCUGCAAAGCAAUAGAGAACGGACGUAACGGACGAAAUACAAGGACAAACUUAGCGACAGUAUCCUCUGACGUAAUGAUUACAUGUUGUUUUCGACGACGACCUGUGUAUGCGCUCUGAGCAUACGAGCUUGUACUUUGACUUGGCUAAACAAUCGGUGGCAAGGACUUCAUACUGCUAGUAAGCAGAUCUCAUCGAUGGCACC